GUUGCAGGCGUGGGCCACGUUGCUGUACGGUCGGGCAUAGAACUUCUGUAGAAUUAUGGGUUUUGGUGAUCUGAAAUCUAACCAGGGUCUCCAGGCUCUAAACAGCUACCUCGAAGACAGAAGCUACAUCGAAGGGUAUGUUCCGUCGCAGGCUGAUGCCGUGGUGUUUGAUGCUCUGUCCAGUGCCCCACCUGCAAACCUAAUGCAUGCCCUUCGGUGGUACAACCAUAUUAAAAGCUAUGGUUCAGAAAAAUCGAGUUUUCCAGGACAGAAGAAAGAUGUGAGUGCGUACGGUUCAGCGGCCGCAAACAACGCGAGCGGAGAUGCUGGCGAUGAUGGUGAUGAUGAUGAUGAUGAUUUUGACUUGUUCGGGGAUGAUGCUGAUGCCGAAGCUGCUCAGCAAAAACUACGAGAAGAGCGUAAAGCAGAGGCUGAGGCCAAAAAAGCCGGUGGAAAGAAAGGAGUCAUAGCCAAAAGUAGCGUUGUUUUAUACGUGAAGCCUUGGGACGACGAAACAGACAUGAAGGAGGUGGAGAGACUAGUACGAGGGGUAGAGAUGGACGGUCUUCUCUGGGGAACUUCCAAACUUGUACCAGUUGGAUACGGAAUCAACAAGUUACAGAUUGCAUGUGUGAUAGAAGAUGCAAAGGUCAGUAUGGAUGAUCUCCAGGAACAAAUUGAAAGCUUUGAGGACCUGGUACAGUCAACAGACAUUGCGUCGUUUAACAAAGUUUAGCUUGCUGUAUCCAUUGUGUAAUAAAACCCUCUUUGUGCUAUGUA